GAGUUCUCGUAUCUGCAUAAUGCGCUUUGCGUUUAUUCGAUAACCUAAAAAUGGCUGCGAUCCGCAACCUCGCCCGGUUUAUGGAAAGGGCGAAGUUUCUCAACAAGUGCUACUUCGCCAGCCAGAAUGGCAUUUUGAGAUCAUUUUCCACGAACGGGGCGAUUGUAGGACUGUCGCGGGAGACACAAGCCUUGGUAAAAUUCGGUCUGAUCAGCGCGGCUACCGGCGUCGCAGUGGGUGCAGGUUACGCAUACUACAGGAUCAGCGAAACCCGAAAGAACAUCGCCCUGGAGGGAACGGAGUUGGAUACCGUCUUGCUCGAGCACAAGCCGCCUGUCACUCCGUCCCGGAAGAUUGCGUAUCCGGUGGACACUACCGGUUUAAAACUUACAUUAUUCCAGUAUCAGACUUGUCCUUUCUGCUGUAAGGUUAGAGCAUUUUUGGAUUAUUAUGGGAUAUCUUAUGACGUUGUGGAGGUAGAUCCAGUACUCCGAAAAGAAAUUGGAUGGUCUUUAUAUAAAAAAGUUCCAAUCCUCUUAACUCAAGUGGAAGGAGGCUAUCGGCCCUUGAAUGACAGUAGCUUGAUAGUGUCGCUUCUUGCCUCCUACUUAUAUGAUAGGUCUCAAAAGAUUGAAGAGUUUGCUGAUUAUUAUCCAAGUGUAGGCAUGCAUGAUGAAAAUGGCAAAUUCAGAUACGAAAUCAUAAAUAAGUAUUUCCUCAUGUUCAAUAACCAACUUCCAAAAAACAGAUCAAUGGACGAUAUUAUCGAAGAACGUAAGUGGAGGAAGUGGGCAGAUGACGUAUUCACUCUUUCGCCAAACGUCUAUAGAACACUCGAUGAAUCCUACAAAACUUUCAAUUGGUUCUCGGAAGUUGGUAAAUGGGAGGAAUAUUUCCCAACGUGGGAGCGACUGUUAAUAGUAAAUGUAGGCGCGACGGCAAUGUGGUUAAUAGGGAAGAGACUUAAGAAGAGGCACCGUCUAAAAAAUGAUGUGCGACAAUCGUUGUACGAUGAGGCGAAUUAUUGGUUGCGUGGCAUUAAGGCACGUGGCACAAUAUUCAUGGGCGGCAACAAGCCUGAUUUAUCCGAUCUAGCGAUAUAUGGUAUUUUGAAGAGUAUCGAAGGCUGUGACGCUUUUCAAGAUUUGAAGACCCAUACAAACAUCGGUGUUUGGUACAACGCUAUGAAGGAGCAAGUUGAUGCACAUUCUGGUAGCACAAAUUUGAGUAGAUAAUAAUUGAUU